AUGGCGGCGGCGGCGAUGAACACGGACGUGGAGGCGGUCGACUUCGACUCCGACGACGACGAUCUCAUGGACGAGGAGGGUGCCAUCGAACCCUCGCCGGCCCCCGCUCCCCGCCUCCGAUCUACCAUCGCAGGGGGCGGCGGCGGCGACGACGAUGCCCCGCGUAAGACUAAGGGGCGCGGCUUCCGCGAGGACCCCAACUCCUCGUCCGCGCACCGCGACUCGCGGUUAGCUGGCGCAGGCCGCUCUGGCUUCGACGCCCUCGCCUCCGAUGGCGGCCCUGGACCCGUGCGCUCCAUUGAAGGGUGGAUUGUACUGGUUACUGGAGUUCAUGAAGAAGCUCAGGAGGAGGACCUCCAUAAUAUUUUCGGGGAUUAUGGUCAGGUCAAGAACUUGCAUUUGAAUUUGGAUCGCCGGACUGGAUUUGUGAAGGGAUAUGCUCUAAUUGAGUAUGAGAACUUUGAGCAAGCCAAGCGUGCAAUAAGAGAAUCAGACGGAACUGAGCUUCUAUCGCAGAUAAUAAGUGUUGACUGGGCAUUUAGUAAUGGCCCUGUCAAACAGAGAAGUACUCGGAAGAGAUCACCGAGGCCUAAUCGCUCAAGGAGCCCACCAAGGAGAAGAUACCCUUAG